ACGCGCGAGCUAGCAAUGUCGCCGAUCGUUGAAGGCGGCGACGUUGCCGCAGGGCCAGAGGAAGGGAACGAGUCCCUCAUCUACUGGGUGUCAUGGCUGGCCACCGUCUCCACACUGGGCCUCUUCUCCUCCGGCCUUCUGACAAUCAGGAAGAUUCACAGCAGCAGGAGCGUGGGCUCAGUGUCUCACAUCCCCUUCGUUGCCGCCUCUCUCAAUUGUUCUCUAUGGAUGACGUAUGGCGUGCUAAAGCCCGACAGCCCCAUCACAUUCAUCAAUAUGGCCGGUCUGUUUCUUCAACUCUUUUACAUCGCAGUCUACCACACUUACGUAGAGAUGAAGUUCAAGAUUCAAAGGGACUUUACCAUUGUUCUAGUCACAGUUCUCAGCAUCUCUACCUACUAUACCUAUCUUGUGUCGGACCACGAACGGGUCAUGAAUCAGAUGGGUGUUGUCUGUAAUAUCUUCACCAUCAUCUUCUUUGCGUCUCCUCUCAUCAACAUGGCUGAAGUGGUUCGCUCAAAGUCGACAGAAACGAUGUCAUUUCCUCUCACUGUGAUGUCAGUUUCAACCACAUUGUCUUGGGUGCUGUACGGGCUACUGGUAGCUGAUGUCUACGUCAUUUUCCCGAACACGGUGGGUGUGUUCCUGGCGUGCAUCCAGCUGGCACUGUUUGUCAUGUACCGUGACCAUUCCAAGAAACUCGUUGCAAAAGUGGAAACUCCACUAGUCUAG